UCAGGCCACUUGUGGCACACUCUCACCACGAACUAGCACUACUACUUACCUUGCACUUGCACGAGCAAUAGACACAGCAGCCAUGACUGAUAGGUCGCGCUGGCGUCUGUCUCAAGACGUAACCAUUGGCGUACAGCGAUGGGAGUAUCUCUCCCCACAAGCUGCUAAGAAACGUCCUCUGUCACUGCCGGAGCGUUACUUCUUGAACCUGCCCAUUGACCCGCCGACGCUACCAAAGCCAAAGAAUGCGCUUGACGCUUCAAGGAACGGCUUUGAAUUCUACAGACACCUUCAGCUACCUGAUGGGCACUGGGGAUGCUUCUACGGAGGGCCCUCCUUCCUCUUACCGGGUUUUGUGAUUGCCUUGUAUGUUGCCGAGCAACAGAUACCAGAUCCGCAGCGGCUCGAGAUGAUCAAAUUUUUACGGUCGAGUGUCAAUGAGGAUGGAGGCUGGGGAAUGCAUCUUGCUGGACCAUCAACGGUCUUUGGAACAGCCUUGUACUACGUCUCUGGACGCAUUCUAGGGUUGGAUGCCUCAGACCCGCUCUGCAUCAGGGCCCGCGAAACGCUAUUGAGUAUGGGAGGCGCAACUGGUAUUCCACAAUGGGGCAAGUUCUGGCUUGCUACUCUUGGUCUCUUUGACUGGGACGGCAUCAAUCCAGUCCCAACAGAGUUCUGGCUGCUGCCAGACUGGGUGCCGCUCCAUCCAUGGCGUUGGUGGAUCCACACGCGAGUUGUGUACUUGCCAAUGUCAUACAUCUUCUGCAAUCGCUUCACAAUGCCGUCAAAUGAUUUGACGAGAGCACUCAAGCAAGAGUUGUACAGCCAGCCGUUUGAGCAGAUUGUCUUUGCGAACCAUCGCAACAAUGUGUCAGAGCAUGACAUCUUGAAAAGACAUUCUCUCGUCCUACGGAUCAUCAAUGUCUUGCUUGUUCUUUGGUUCAAGUAUCUACGGCCCCAAUGGCUUCACGAGAAGGCCAAUGAGCUUGUUCGGCACUUAAUUCACCGAGAAGAUCAGAAUACGGGCUAUGCUUGCAUCGCUCCUGUCAAUGCUGCCAUGCACAUCCUCUCAAAUUACUGGUCGUACGGUCCCGACUCUGAGCAAGUGAAGAAGCAGGUUGACAAGAUAUGGGAUUACAUGUGGAUCGAUGGUACAGGUAUGACUGCCUCUGGUACAAAUGGCGUACAACUCUGGGAUACCGCAUUCUCUGUUUCGUGCCUCGUUGAAGCAGGCCUUUCUCAAGAGAAGCCAUUCCAGGGAGCACUAGACAAGGCGCUCGAUUUUCUCGACAAGUCACAGUUCCGAGACGAUUUGGCGGAUCCAUACAGACAACGACGCAAAGGAGGAUGGCCAUUUUCAACGGUUGACAAUGGCUACAUUGUGUCUGAUUGUACUGCAGAAGGUCUGAAGGCGUUCUUGUUGCUGCAAGAGAAUCCUCAAUUUGCCAACAAGCUUGCAGACGAGCGUCUCUUUGACUGUGUGGAUACGUUGCUCUCGAUGCAAAAUGCAAAUGGUGGCUUUGCUUCUUACGAGCUUGUCAGGGGAUCACAGUUGCUUGAACUUCUCAAUCCAGCCGAGGUAUUUGAUCGCAUCAUGGUUGAGUACUGCUAUGUUGAAUGCACAUCCGCCGUCAACUCGGCCUUGUCGCUCUUCCAGCAGCGCUACCCAGUCUACCGCGCAACUGAGCUCGCUGAGAGCCGGAGACGUGCUGUCGAGUACAUUGUCACUGAGCAACGGGCGGAUGGUAGCUUUUACGGCAGCUGGGGAAUUUGCUUCACUUAUGGCACCAUGUUUGCAGUGGAGGCACUCGUUCUAGCUGGCAUGACUUAUGCAGAUUCGCCGCCUCUGCGUAGAGCGAUUGAUUUUAUCCUCUCGAAGCAAAUGGACGACGGCGGUUGGGGCGAGUCGUACCUGUCUUCUGAAUCUGAGCAGUACGUGCACUCUGAGCAGUCACUGGUGGUACAAACCUCAUGGGCACUCAUUGCACUUGUCUUGGCUGCACCCAAGGAAGUGGCGGGUGAGGCGAUGCAUAAGGCUGUACGCCUGCUGAUGUCGCGGCAGACCAAAACUGGAGAGUGGUUGCAGGAGGAGACGGAAGGUGUGUUCAACCGGACGUGCAUGAUUGGGUAUCCCAACUACAGACACUAUUUCCCCAUCAAAGCACUCGGGCUCUAUUCAAAGCAUAUAGCUUCUUAGACUCUUGUAGUCUGCUCUCAAGCUCAGUAGCAUGACCCCACAUGAAACGCUGGGACUGUCGAUUGAGGACGCUCAAAAUCCUGAAGCCUUGAAAAAGGCCUACCACGCUGCAUUGCUCAAGGCCCAUCCCGACACGCGUGGUGCAAGUAGUAUCCCAGAGAGCACGGUAGGUGCUGUGAAACGCGCUUACCUUGCACUGUCCACAGACUUGCUGCACGGCAAAGAUGAAGGUCUAGCUCGUGAAAAGUUUGGCUAUGCUGUGGUUGAUCUGAGCGAAUUUGAAGAGGUAGCAGAUGAGACGGCAGGCGAGGCGGGUCCCUGCUAUUGGCUUGACUGCCGCUGUGGUCAUGGCUACAGGCUCACG